AUGCCCGCCAAUCACAUCUUCUCAGCCAAUGGAGAAUCAUUCUAUUUGUUCUCAAUGACAGACUCUAAGUGGACAUUGUCCAAAAUUGGCUACAACAGCUGGUUACCAUUUUUUAAUGAGACCAAUGCAUUAUAUGUAUAUGCUCGUGGUGUAUUAUAUUGGUUCACAACAGGCAUUUGUCAUAUAUACACACUCAAGGAUAGAUCGUAUCAUGUGCUGAGUACAACACAUGAUGCCUACAAGGCUGCCUGCUACAAUGGCAAUGAUCAAAUAUAUGUUGUUGAAGUGAAGACAUCGAAUGAACACGACAACUCAAGUACAUAUCAGGUCCACUCAUUCAACAUCGACACAUUGAAGUUCGAGGCCAUUGGUAAUCCGUUCGACUUUAAAUAUGCAUCACCCUUUACGUUCGCGAUCAAUCAAAAGAUAUACUUCUUUGGCGAACCAUGCUCUGUUCUCUACUUUGACACUGUUGACAGCUCCACUGGCUAUAUCCUGAAUCACAAAAAUCUCUACAUGUACAGAAGAUUCUUAUCAGUAUGCUACGAUGGCAAUGACAACUUCUACCUGUUAUUCGUUGGAGCCUUUUUCCGAUUCUCCAUCACCAACAAUCUAAUGUACUUCUUGCCUAUUCCUCCAGUCGACGUCUACAGUCUACCAGACAAAAUCAUAUCACAUUAUCAUCAAUCAUCUGGUACAAUCUUCUAUCUAGUGGGAUCGGAUAAGAAUAUGACAUUCUGCCUUCGUACUGAAGAGUGGUCCAGACUAACAGAUGAUGGCGAUCAAGUAGCCGAUAGAGGUGGAUACGGAUCAUGUCUCAUCCCAAUUGGGUGGACCAUCGCUGAAUGA